UGUAAUGCUCCCAGGCCUUGCUCACAGUCGGCAGCAUACUGAUCGGCCUAUACGAAGAUGACAACAGCGGUCCCUCGCCAGUUUUGGCAAAAGAACCACCCUCGCCAUCUUCCACGCCGUCGGUAUCCGUCCAGCCCUGUAUAUGCUGUUAGAAAGGUCCAGGAGCCGUCCAGGCCUUUGUUCCGCAAUCAUCUCGGCGAUCUGUCGCGGAACACCUUCCACACCCGCAGCUUUUUUCGGGUUGCAUUUCUCCAGAGCCAACCACAGAUCUUCCUCCGUUACGCGCAGGUUACGCAACUCCUCUUCUUGCGUCUGCAGGAUGUGAGUACCAUGACCAACCUCCGUCUGCUCCGUAGGACUGGUGACGAAAAGGUCAUCGAGAAUCCCAGCAACCCUGUCCCUGAUAGGACUCUCAGGCGGGCCGUUACUCGCCAUUCUAGCUCUUAUAACUCGGUACGCCCUCCCCCAGGGAUCCUGUUCCAGCGUUGCACAGAACUCCCUCCACUUUUCGUCCUUACUGCGCUCGACCGCUCUCUUAAGCUUCUUCCUUGCCUCCUUGAAUUCGUUUACCAGGCCAGCGUUGUCCUUACCAGCUUCCACUGCCUGUUGAGAUAAUCUUCUCCAUCUCAGAGUUGCCCUUCUCAGCUCGGACAACUCAUCGUUCCAUCAGUAAUUCCUACUUCUUCUCCCGCGUGGCGCUGGAGUCUUUUUCAAUUCUUCGGCACAUGUACGUUCCAGUCGGUCCUGGAAUUGAUCGCCGUGUGUCGCAUCGUCGUUAUCCAUCAAAUUAAGAUUUCCGUCCAGUCUAGUCAGGAAUUUACCCUCGUCAACGUUCUUGGUCAAAUAUUUAAAAUUUCUACUAUCGCCCCCGCGAUGGUGGAGUACCAGUUCAUAACUGCACUCUUCUUCUAUCUCUACCUCAUUCGUCUGCUCACGCUCGUCUCCCUAAUCGGCAUCGCCUUCCUUCCCAUGCAGUUGACUUUGCAUUGAAGUCGUCAGCCACAAGCAUCUCCUGGGCUCUUCUCCUGCCCUCCUUUAUGAUCACCUCUAGUUCUGCUAUGUAGCCGUCGAACUCCUGCCUGCUCACGUUAGGGGAACAAUAUCCACUGAUACACGUAGUGCCCUCGACCCUAAUGCCAACUACUCCUCUCUUGCUGAUCAGCGUCUCGCUAGACGCCUGUCUUCCAUUAAAAAGAGCGACUCAUAGCAAUGCAUCCCCGACCGUAUCAUUGUACCAAACUGUCUAUACGGCUCGGAUAUGAUCACUAUGUCCACCUUAUUCUCCCAGGCAUAUUGAGCCAAAAGAUCCGGUACUAGCCUACAUCUGUUGAGAUUGAUUUGCAGGACCUUUAUCAUCUUCGUCUCGCUAUCUCUCCCCCAAGAUACCGUCCUCAUCAACCUGUCUUCGAUGUUGUCCCCCAUCGACAUUCCCCACUCCCUUUCAUAUCCUCCACCAAUUUCUGCCUGUUGGUGAGUGGGUCGAUAUUCUUUACCUGCAUCGAUGCCCUGUUCGCUAGGGCUGACACUUCCAUUUUAUCGGUCAGCUUCGAGCUUCUCUGCCACAUUUCCAGCGGCAACUUUCCUAUCAAAUUCGAUAAGGAUUUUGCCUUCGUCUAUUUUUAUCAGGAUCUCCGUCUUCUUCUAGUUAUCAAGCCUCUACCGCGUCUUAGCUCCCCCUGUUUGACACCACGAGCCCUUGCGGGGAGUGAUUCCGGAGGCCUUCUCUUCUCCCUCCUCCUCCUCUUAACAGUCUGCCAACCAUCAGAGUCAUCACUCCUCUCCCUGUCAGAUUGUCUAUGGGCCUCCGGUCGAUCACACAUCUCCGCGUAGGUCAGCUCUCUGUUCCUCGGCCUUUUCGUUACCGAGGUUACUUUAUUCCCUUCGACAGGAGACACCACCUUCCUCUUUGGAUAUUCUGAUGCUCCAAAGAGGUUCGCGCUCUUCCUUUCUAACUUUCGCCCAGGCUCUUCCACUUUUACCUGGCCAGGUUUAAUAGUCCUCCUCCUCCCCUUCUGACCAAUACAUUGGUCCAAGGAGGUUGCAAUGCCUUCUAUCACUCUUCCAACCUCCUUUAUACCCUGUUUGUUAUCCUUAUCGAGGUUCAACCUCCUUACCAGAGCCUUUAGCAUCUGGACCCCACCAGGGCUUCGGUUAACCCUCUCAUUUCCCCCACUGUCAUCCUUACAUCCUCAUCUCCCUCAGCCUCGCUGAAGGGAUCAUCUGUCUCCUCUCUAGCGCUCUCUUCUGCCUCAUUGGCUACCGGCAGCGCUUUCCCAUAUCUGGCUAGAGUGCUCCUCUCUACCGCUCUCCUAGCCAAUUGUCCCCAACCCGUCUCGCCUUUUUCUACAGGCGUGCUUUGAUCGCUUAUCCCAGACGAUACUUCAUCUCCUUCUGAUUCAUCGGCGACCUCUAUCACUCUUUUCUCACCCUCAUCUCCUCCUUUCGUUUUGAGAAGUAGCGUGAUUGUAACAUCGCUUAAUUUAAUGUCUGAGAAGGCCUUAGACUUCUCCCUUAAAACUUCUCUCCUCAGCCCUCUCGAGUCAUCCUCUUCACCCGACAAGCUCCUCUUCUCUUUUACUUCCAUCCUCUUUUCCCCAGUCGCUUUUACCGGCCAAGCGGGUGCUUGGGGACAUACCUCCCCCCCCCCGCCGUUCUUCCAGUUGCACGAUAACCGUCGCAUCGAGUCUGGCAAGCCACUCGUAAUCCCGACGGGUCCUGGAGGCUCCGAAACCCCCUGCGAGGCUCGUACCCCUGCGAUCAGUUCUCUGGCCGCUCCAAGCAGUAGCCUUCGCGUUAAAAUCGCCGACAAUCUUCAUUGAGGAAUGACUCCACUUAUUUAUCCGGAUGAUGGUCUCCAUUUCCCUUAACAGGAGCAAGUAACACCAAUAUCCGUCUCUUAUCCGAGGUGAAACAGCAACGUAAAGACUUUUACCAUUCCACUGUUGGGCGACGAGAGAGCGGCUAUUACGUAGUGCGUCUCUCAUUCAAGAAGCAUCACUCCCCGCUCAUAUUCUUUCGAUUUCAAGCGGGACCAAUUAGCGAAGGAUGAAGAGGCACCGGCAUCCACGGGCUGUUGAGGUUCUUCAAAGGGAGACUAUAUCGACGACAUUUUCUCUGGAGCCGAGAUGAUUGACGUUGUCAAGCUUCAGUAAAGCGAAAUCAUGGACUUCGCACCUUAACGGCAAUGCAAUCCUGCGAGUGGGCAGCCACUUGAAACACUAAGUUAAGGCGGAUAACUUUGGGUCAUUCUUCCCAGAGUGCUACUUCAGGGACUGUAGAUUGAGUAUCGUCUUCAACACGCACUUUAUGGAAGAGCUCAAAUGAUGCUGACAUCUUUCCACUGACUGUAUGUGAUGGCGACAACGUGAAAUAUGGACUUGUGUCAUCCACCUCGAAACGGCUUCCAAUUUCUUGGCCAAUGCCUUGCUCGCUACGUUCAUACGGCUUACUGGAUUUUGCGAACUCUAUGCUACGCUUGCAAGUGACUUGCGGAACUAACUUGAUCAGCUCGGAUAUGGAGUUGCGAUGCCCCUUCUCAGCUUCCUCCGAGAGGAGAGUCCAAUCUUCGCGCACGAACUCACUGUCUCAGUUUCAAGAUGGGAAUUCAUCGCACAGGGUGCAUGUCGUUUUAGUGGUCUAUGGGAAGCAGCUGUCAAAUCGGUGAAGCAUCAUCUUCCUGGAUGCUGAAUAACCCUUCGGUUACCUUCGAACAGAUGACGAUGCUCCUGAGGCAAGUGCAAGCUUGCCUGAACUCACUGCCACUUUACGCAUGUUAGUCGAGAUGAAGCUGCCACGACACUGGUGGCAAUUCGUUCAACAGAAAUUGCAUCACUUCUGGAAGCGAUGGAGGCAGGAAUACCUGAAUCAACUGCGGAUGUGACAGAAGCCCACUCCUCGGUUACCGCCCUGCGUCGGCGAUCUUUGUUUAACUAUCACCGAGACGGCAUUAUCGUCCAGGUGGUUCCUGAUCCGCAUCAUCGAGCUUCGUCCUGGUGCAGACAAGUUGGUACACAUGGUAAACGUAAGGACCUCGGUUAGCAUCCUAAAGAGGCCCGUCAUUUCAAGUACAAUGCUACCCACUGGCGAUCUUUGAUUGGGAGCGACCAGCACCCAUCCUUACCUACCAGCCUUUUUCUUAUCCUAUUGGAGGCAAUGGCCUCCCUUUCCCUUUCCAAAAUUGCCGUCAACGAAUUAGAUCAGGCAUCAUCUCUUGGCUGGUUUUCCGUUCAUUGGCCAGUCAUCAAUUUAACCUGUUACUACAAAGUUGUUGGAAUUAUCCUAAUCGAAAUAAGGGUUCGGCUCGAGACAUUGGAGUGUGAGGACGUGCUUAGGUUCGGCCUCAAAAAAUUGAGUUAUUUGUAAACACUCGAAGUAUUAUAUGUGUGCAAUUAAUUAAAGGAAGUGAUUUGUGUUAUUAUUUAGUGACUGAGACAGUGUGGCAAAAGAAAUUGACUGUAAAGGACAUAUAAACUUGUUAUAACUAUCGUGGUUUGUACGGUAGUUGUAAUAUUUGGUAAAAGCCUAUAUUUGAUGGUUAACGAAAGUGGGUCGAUUCAGAAUAACAUGACGGUUUGAUUAUGUAGAUAUAAUGAAUUAAAUAUGUGAAAUUGACGAAGUUUAAAAAGAGGGGGUUAGAACUGUCCCUAUGAAAUGAAGUGAUGUUAUUUAGUAAGCUACGGUAAUAUUAAGAAUGAAGACAGUAAACAGUUCAACAGUUUAUUCAACGAUGAAGAAUUAAUUGAAGUUGUAUGAAUUAAUGUUCAAUUAAUUGGACGUGGAGGAGUAUAGGCUAUAGAGGUAGAGUCAACGGUGUGCUCGUGGUACGUUCAGCAUAUAGGAGAAAUUUUUAAUAUAAAUAUCCAUUUGAAUAUUAAUGUGCACAUUUUAUCGCAUUAUUUACUGAGAUUAUGGGUGCGUAGUAUGGUGCUAUUAUUCAUAUAAUGGUAACGUGUAGUUUUGUUACCUUAUAAGGAGGAUAGUUUUCUUUGAAAGUAUAGGAUAAAUGUAUAGCCAGUAAGAAGAAAUUUUAGUUGUAUGCGUUAUAUAUGGACAAACUUGGUUAUUAAUUAUGAUUGGUUGUUAAGCAUAAUAUAUAAUAUGUGAGUAAUAAUAAAUAGAUGUAUUGUGGCGUGAUAGGUUGUAUGCGUGUUAUACUAUUGUAAUAAAAUGUUGUCUACGUUAUUUAUAGUUAGCUUGAUAAUAUCUUAUUGUUUAGAGUAAGUUAUUGUUAAGUUACUAUUAAGUUACUAUUAUAGUUAUUUUAAGCUUAAAUUGAGUUAUAUUAAGUUAUACAAGUAUUGUGGUAAUUAAGAAGAUAAGCGUAUAAUUAGCUCUAUUAUUAGAGUAAUAUUGAUUGUAAUGCGAUACUUCUUAAUAGAAAUAGGCUUGCAAUAUAGAAAUUGUUUUAUGUAUGAGAUCAAUUAAUUAUAAGUUAAGGAAUUGCUUCUUGUGAGAGGUAUUACAUCUGCUGGCCCAGUAACUUGGUUCUUCCUUCUUAAGUACACAAGGACGAUUAGCUUUUCUUGCAAGUUUUGUUAGAAAACUAUAAAUAAUUUCAAAUAAGUUUAACUGGGGGAGUUAUAUAUGUGGCGGCACUCGACAACGCAAAUACCACCACUCGACACCAAUUAACAAAGGACGACGGCAGCGCAGUGGUUAGCGCCUUAGAGCACGAACGUUCGGGAACCCGGGUUCGAGUCCCAGCGCCCGUAUUCCAAUUUUUCAAAAUCGGAAAAUACAACAGUUAUCCAGCAGCGACAUCGGCAGCCAGCAGCAACUAAUAUCACGGACAACACAUAUACACCUCAUAUAUUUUAGUACUGUAUUGGGAGUUUUAUCUUUGUGGCGGCACUCAACAGCAAAAAUAUCAUCGGACGACAACACCAACUAGGGUCGGACGACGGCAGUGUCACAGGUGAAAUUCGACCAAUCAUGCGAUAAUUGCCUUAUCAUGAGUAACCGCCUGGGUGGCAUCCGGUCACUUUACCCGUUCUCAGAGAUAUAUGAUAAGUACCAAGACCAAAAUCUUCUCCCACCGCAACGAAGAAAGAAUAUAAGUACUCUUCCUAACGUCAUCCAAGUCAGUCUGAAUAAGUCGAAUCCAGCCUGAAUAUUAAAAGUCUGCGUUGCGAACCGCAAAUACUAAAAGCGUUUACCAUUUAAUUAUUGUACAAAUUGUGUAGAAUAAAGAACUCGAUCUCCUGUUUGGAGAUCGACAUUUCUUUCAAGUCACUUGUUGAAUUUUGAGGUAACAUUUUGGCGAUCCUGCUAGGAUCCAUUCGCUUCAGCGUAAACGAAAUCAGGAUUUCGGCGUACGCGCAUCAUUGAAGAUUGAAGGAUCAGCAGACCACUGCGAAUCUUUGCUACUACGAAGCCCUGCAGCAACUUUCAACGUUCCACUACGGUGAAACUAGACGAGAGGACUACGGUCAGCGCAGAGCAAGCCUACUAAUAAGAUUUGGAAUCUAGAACCAACCAGAGAGGAAACACCCCAGAGACUCCUCAUCUGGAUUCUUUUAAACAAUAUGGAACGCGAAAAGUUAGUUUCUCUAGCAACUCUAGCGAAGAGACAAUAUUCACAAUGAACAACAAGAAAGACUCAAAAGCCGAGACAAGUUUACCCUCUGCAAGUGGAACCCAAAAUAAAACGGAAUCACUCGACUCCUCUACCAGAGCAAUUUCAGAUAUAGUACAGAGACAGAACGAAGAAUUUCGACAACAAUUUAACGAAAUAAAGAAUGCAUUAAGAUUGACCAACGAGGAAAAUAGAAAACGUGCCAAUGAAAUAGAAAUAUUAGGUAGAAACCUCUCUCGUGUUAAACCAUCGCAAAUAGACAUAGAAUCAACUGAAUUCGGUUCUAUGAUGACUAACGAUGACGAUAAUACAUCAGUAUUAAAACACGAUACUAAUCCACCUCCACCUAUGCCACAAAGACCACCAAAAUACGUGCAACCAUCCAAUCGAACAACUGCAAACUCUGGAAAUCUAAAAGCUGAAAGUGCAUUAAAAUGUAUUGCGAUACUAAACGGAGAAAAUGAUAUAGGUAUAGAAGAUUUUAUUCGUGAAAUAAAAGAAAUAAGAAUGAUGUGUAGCGAACAAGCAUUAUUAUUAAAAAUGAUUAAAAUAGAGAAAAUUGUAGAAGUCGCAAUGGCAAUCCGCAGUGUCCAUAUUAACGAAUUCGAAACUUUGUAUGAAGCAUUAAGACGUAACGUAGCUACUCAAGUAUCAGUAAGAGGACACCAAGAUCAAUUAAGAGAAAUAAGGCAAGGAUUAACCGAAAACGUGCAAAAUUAUAACAUUAGAUUUCGACGUGCUUUUAACAAACUUCGAUCUAUCAUUACCAAUAAAUAUAAAGACGAACUUACUCCACGAGCGAUGAACAAUCGACUAUACAUGGACUCUGUGACUGACUAUGUAAGAGACCUUCGUUCAGAAAUAUGAAAAAUGCUAUUGACUAUUCCGCUCCCCCUUUAGACUUAUCCUCAGGGUUCCAUCGCGCCUGCCACCUUUCAAAGAAUGAUGGAUACCGCGUUAAGAGGUUUGAUUAACAAUCAUUGUUUCGUUUAUCUCGAUGAUAUCGAUAUACGUCCUGGGUCGUCGUAUAAGUCCGGAGGGGAGAUCAGACCCUCUCCGGCACGACGGCACUCUCGGUGGGUGUUGUCUUCUCACCGACACCAAUAGACUCAAUCCGGCGAAGGCGUAAUUCGAAGUAAUGAUCGAACAAGGUGUGAUGCAGCCAUCGAGAAGUCCGUGGACAUCACCUUUACAUAUCGUACCGGAAAACGACGAAGGGAUUCGAUCGCGUGGCGACUAUCGGGCAUUGAACGCCCACACCACCCCAGACAGGUACUCACCACUGCACAUCGAGGACUUCGCGCAUAAGCUCCAUGGUAAGCGCAUAUUUUCCAAAAUCGAUCUCGUUCGCGCUUACCAUCAAAUUCCGAUCGCGCCGGAAGACGUACCGAAGACAGCGAUCACAACACCAUUCGGGCUGUUCGAAGCGACCAAUAUGAUGUUUGGGCUUCGAAACGCCGCUCAAACAUGCCAAUAAUUCGUAGAUGAAAUCACGAGAGGUCUCGAUUUCGUCUACGCGAACGUGGACGACUUUUUAAUUGCGUCCGAAAAAGAAGAACGACUCCUCGAACGCUUGCGGAUUUUGUUUAAACGCUUCGAUGAAUAUGGGGUAGUAAUAAAUCUCGCGAAAUGUGAAUUCGGCGUCAGAGAAAUAAAAUUUCUCGGUUACGCGGUUACCGCCGAGGGGAUAAAGGCAUUAACCGAAUGCGUCGACGCUAUAAUUAAAGCAUCGCUACCCACGACCGUUAAAGAUCUACGAAAGUACUUCAGUAUGAUCGACUUUUACAGACGUUUCAUACCGGGGGCAACGAAAACCCUUCAACCACUCGACGACUUGUUGAAAGGCACAACGAAGUGCAACGCAUUUAUCGAGUGGUCCGAACAAGCUGAAAAUAGCGCCCGUCAGCCUGGCGGUCGAUGCAUCCGAUUAUGCCAUAGGAGCGGUACUGCAACAGUGCGUUAACGAUACCUGGCAACCGUCGAAUGAAGACGAAUUCGAAUUUUCCGACUUUCUCCCGACCAGUAUAAAUAAACAGACGCGAUCGGGUGCGACACAGUAUCGAACAGUUCAUAUCGAGUAUCAACGAGUAUUAACGAGCGUCUCUGAGUAUCUACGCGACGAACAAUAACGAGUACUUCUUAUUCCGAGUUUUAUAUUGUAUCAACGACCCCCUGUACGCAUAUUUAUUUAUUUCAAAUAUACUUGACGGACGGCGA